UUAGCGAAUAUGUUGGAUAAGAUAUAAAAAAACACAUAUCUAAAUUAAAUAUUUAUUGUAGUCACGCCGGUCAAUGUGUACAAUGUCACGUUUAUACAAAAAUGCCGCCACUCUUAAAAAAAAUUAGUAAUAUAUUCUAAUAUAAAUCUAAAAAUUUUAUUUUUGAUGCACUUUUGUCAUCAUGUGGUCACAUUCGUUAUGUUUUUUAUUUAAAUUGAUGGUCAUCUCUUGUGCUAUAAUUAACAAAAACUCAGAAUCAGAUGUAAAUUAUUGGCAAAACAAUGGCAAGACAUUUUUGGAAAAUAAAGCGAAUAUUAAGCUCCAGACGCAAAAGGCCAAAAAUCUAAUUUUAUUUAUCGGCGAUGGCAUGUCUUUAACUACAUUGACUGCAGCCAGAAUUUACAAAGGUCAAUUACAAAAUGAACCCGGUGAAAAUGACCAUCUCAGUUUUGAACGUUUUCCAUUUACAGGAAUGUCUAAGACAUAUUGUGUUGACAAACAAGUGGCCGACUCAGCUUGUUCUGCUACAGCAUAUUUAUGUGGCGUUAAAGGUAAUUUUGGUACAAUUGGUGUGUCUUCUAAAGUUUCAAGAAAUGAUUGUCCUGCGUCUAUAAACGAAGAAAAACCUAACUCAAUCUUACAAUGGGCUCAAUGGGCUGGUAAAGCCACUGGAAUAGUAACAACAACUAGGGUAACGCACGCAUCUCCGGCUGGUUCAUAUGCACAUUCACCCAAUCGUAAUUGGGAGUCUGAUUUUAAUAUGCAAAGUUUUACCGAAAAGACCGAUACUACUCAAUGCGAGGACAUUGCCAGUCAGCUGAUUAAAAGAGAUCCCGGAAGAAACUUUAAUGUUAUUAUGGGUGGUGGUAGAAGUAAGUUAAUAAUGAAAAAGACUAACUCUACUGGAGAAAGACUGGAUGAAGAUUUAGUCGUAAGAUGGAAAUUGGAUAAAAUGAAAAGAUUCAAAGGAAAGACAACAAGAUACAUGACUAAUAGGAAAGAACUAAUGAGCACUGAUGUUUCUAAAGUUGACUAUUUGUUGGGCCUUUUCCAUAAUACUCAUUUGGACUACAGGUUGAAAUCAAAUAUUGAAAUGCAACCAACGCUUACUGAAAUGACUAUUAAAGCCAUAAAGUUGUUGCAAAAAGAGAAAAAUGGAUUUGUGUUGUUCGUUGAAAGUGGUCUUAUUGAUAUUGCUCAUCACAAUACGUAUGCGAAAUUUGCGUUGGAUGAAACUGUUGAAUUGUCAAAAGCUGUCUCUGAAGCCGUUGCGUUGACCAACGAAACUGAAACUUUAAUCGUCGUGACUGCAGAUCAUGCCCAUACAUUAACUAUGGCUGGUUAUCCUGCACGUGGUACAAACAUUUUAGGAGCGACUAGUUGGCUGGCACAAGACGAUUUACCAUACACAACUUUAAGCUAUGCUAAUGGUCCAAGUACUAGCCCAAGCAGAAACUUCUUUCAAAAAUUUAACAUUUCGCAAAUGGUUAACGAAGUACACUACCCAAGUUUUAUACCUUUGGAUUUAGAAACACAUGGUGGAGAUGACGUUAUGGUAUUUGCAAAAGGACCGUGGGCACAUCUGUUUACUGGAAACUAUGAACAAAACAUAAUUCCAUUGGCCAUGGCCAAGGCCGCAGGAAUUUCAACAGAGUCUCCCUAUAAAAUCAGUACAUCUUCAUCAGCAUUUGUAUUAAAAGUUCCUGGAUUUAAGUAUAAGAUAGUUUUAUUUACAUUAUUAACAGUAGCCCGAAAAUCACUUAUGAGUUUUUAACUGAAGAAAUAUGUAAUACUAUCAUGUUGUUUAAAUAAUCAUAAAUGAUUUGAAACAUCCAACAUUAGUAUUAUCUCUUCACUUUGAUUAUAUAUAAAUAAAACAAAAUUAUUUUCAUUAAAUGGAGUAUUAAAAUAAUGUUAAUAUGGAAAAAUAUCUUGAAUAUCAAACAAACAAUAAACACAUGUACUAUUUACUAUCGCCUAUCUAAAAA